AUGGACGCGGCAGAUCUGUUCCGGCAGGCCCAGAGCUCUGUCAAUAGAGCUCGUGAGGCCAAGACCUCUCGUGCCCGGGAGAGCAGCCAUGAGAGUGACGACCACUCCCCGAGGAUCGCACAUACUCUGACAGCGUGUUGUCGAUGUCGCCAGAGGAAGACGAGAUGCGAUCCAAACCUGCCGAGAUGUUUGCCCUGCGAAAGGGCCGGCGCGAUAUGUGAGUACUUCGAUACGACAAAAGGAAAGAAGAUAUCUCGAACAUAUGUUAUACGACUUCAAGACAAGGUGCGAGCCUUAGAGGCGGAACUUGGACAAUACACCGAAGAGGAAGGCUUUCCACAAAACACUGAAGAUAUUGUACGGCCUGGCGGACUUGUUCGACUGGACGAAGAUGACGAGACGCCCCGAUUUCUGGGUCCUUCAAGUGGCAUUGCUAUGACGAGACUUGUCAUGGAGGAAGCGAAGAAGUACACAGAUUCAAGAAGUAUAAGAGAACUUGUGCCAGAAGUCCGCCAACGCCGAACUCCUGUGCAGUCACCCGAAGCUGCUACACGCAAAAAAUCUUAUCCUAUGAUCAGUGCUGUGCCAGCCACCACGUUGCCGAGUCGGCUGGUGACAGACAAGCUUGUGGAAGUGUUCAAUCAGAAAGCCCAGUAUUUGACACCAACCUUACAUGAGCCUACUUUUGCCAAGGAUAUGCAAGAAGUCUACGAUGGAAGUACAGAUCCCUACAAAAAUUUCGUUGUUCGGAUGAUGCUUGCAAUAUCUAUGCAGAAAUUGGAUCCUCAAUAUGCAGGACUGGCGGACAGUUACUACCUAGCAGCUAUGGGUUACAUGGAGGAUGUUAUCCGUCCUAAGGAUAUGAGGACACUCCAAUGCUUGGUCUUGAUCGCCCAGUACUCAUUGUUGACACCAACGCGGACCGCAAUCUAUUACAUUGUUGGACUAGCGACACGCCUCUGUCAGCAGCUUGGACUGACCGAGGAAAAGACAAUUGCUUCAGGAGUAGUUCAGAUUGAUCCCUUACAGCUGGAUAUGCGACGACGACUCUCUUGGAUAAUCUUAUCCAUGGAGUUCGGCCUUGCCCAUAGCAUGGGUCGCCCCAAUGCAUUUGCUACUGGUCAAGACCAUGUUGAUGUCGGUUUCUUUGAGCCAAUUGAUGAUGAAUAUAUAACUGCAGAAGGAAUUCUCCCUGGACCUGUAUCGGAGAAGAAGACCGUGACCAUCCACUUUCUUCGAAUGAGACUUCUUCAAGCGGAGAUUCGACGAGUUUUAUAUCAAAAGAAACGCCCCGAACCACGAAGUGAAGAGCAUCCUUGGUACGCACAAAUGGAGCUGAAGCUUAAGGAUUGGGUUGAUGACGCUCCUCAAAACCCUCCUUGGAGCAAACCAUGGUUCAUUGGACGAUAUAACACAAUGGUUGUAAUGCUCCUGCGACCUUCACCUCAGGUUCCUAAGCCGUCCAUUCGUUCUGCAAUCAUGUGCUACGAUGCUGCUUCAACCAAUAUCAAAAGCACUAGCAAACAAAUGGCAUCUGCAAUGGUGGACAUCACGUGGAUAUUCGUUCUUACAAUCUUUCAAGCUGUCAACACAGUUCUUUGGUCAAUAUCGUAUUCAGAGGUCCGGGCUCUGCAUACGAAAGAGGAACUCGAGGAACACAUUGAGAUUGCCCUUGACGUGAUUCUCAAGUGUCGAGAACGUUGGCCAGGAACUUCGGCAGCUUCAGAUCUCUAUGCAACGCUUGCAAAGGCAUGUCUCAAAAGCUACGAUACCAGGGAGAGUUCACAAGCGCCAUCCUCACUGUCAGCUACGUCUCCAGCUCUGACCGAUGCCAAUUCUCCGUCUGCGUCGGAACACUCCAGCGCCACAACCGGCUCGCUUGCAUAUUCUCAAAACGCAUAUCAUUCGCCCCCUCAAAACGCAUAUCAUUCGCCCCCUCAAUUCGGAUAUGUAUUCGACCAAAUGCCCGAGCCAGUUUCCAAUUAUGAGUUCGCGAGCUCUCUGCCUCCACCCCAACCAUCUUUUCGCUCGAAUUCUAUAUUUGCGAGUCCAUCCAGCAUGCAAACAGAUCGUCGUUUCAGCUAUUUCCCUCCCGACUUUACGCAACCUCAAGCUUUGCCCAAUGCUUGGAAUCCAAUGGCUGCUGGACAAUCCCAAGUUCUAGCACCACCGCCUUCUUCGGCACAAAUGCAGCAACAACAGCCAGCUAUCACCGAUCCGAGCUAUUUCAUUCAACCUACGCCAUACACCUUCGGUGCCCACAUGUUUGGAGACGAACAUUUCGAUACGGAAAUGAGGCAGGGAAGCCUUAGUCAGGAACAACAGCUUGAACUGAUGCAGAGUCUGGAGACGGAGGGUCUAAAUGAGAUUGAUACUUUUAUGAGUCUCUCGGCAGGGUACGAGAAUUCCAUAAAGCCCUGA